AAGUGAUAAGUGUAUUCUCUCUCUCUCUCUCUCUCUCUCUCUCUGAAUGGUGAAUGCGGCGGCGAGAGAUGGGUAGGUCAGCUGCAGGAAAGCUUAAAACCACCAAGUUUGUGUUUUUAUUGGUCGGUCUUUUAGGGCUUUUUCUGAUUGUAGAUCUACUCUGGGCUUCCUCUUCUUCUUCCUCUCCCUCCAAUUGGGCUCUCCGAAAUCCCGACCACAAUUUCGUUGUUCCCCGCCCCUCCUCCGUUCACACCAAUACCACCACCUUACCCUUACACACUCCUCCAAUCAAGGAGAUACCUAAGAAGGAUAAUGCCUCGGGGAGGAUCUUAUCGGCAACUUUUGCUGAUUUGGAAGCCCCUCAAUUGAUAUGGGAGAAGAUGGAAACGGCACCAGUGCCUCGUCUUGAUGGUGCUGCAAUACAAAUCAAGGAUCUUCUUUUUGUAUUUGCUGGUUAUGGAACCAUUGAUUAUGUACAUUCACACGUUGAUAUAUACAAUUUCACUGAUGACACUUGGGGAGGAAGGUUCGACAUGCCGAAAGAAAUGGCGCAUUCACAUUUAGGAAUGGUAACAGAUGGAAGAUACAUUUAUGUGGUGACUGGACAAUACGGUCCUCAAUGUAGGGGCCCUACGGCACACACGUUCGUACUCGACACAGAAACAAAGCAAUGGCGCGACAUGCCACCUUUACCAGUCCCAAGGUAUGCACCUGCCACGCAACUUUGGAGAGGGAGGCUGCAUGUAAUGGGUGGCAGCAAAGAGAACAGGCACACGCCUGCGUUAGAGCAUUGGAGCAUUGCUGUCAAAGAUGGCAAAGCUUUAGAAAACGAAUGGCGAUCUGAAGUUCCCAUUCCUCGUGGCGGACCCCACAGGGCUUGUGUUGUGUUCAAUGACCAUUUGUACGUAAUUGGUGGUCAAGAAGGUGAUUUCAUGGCUAAACCUGGAUCUCCGAUUUUUAAAUGCUCUCGCCGCAACGAGGUAGUAUACGAUGAUGUGUACAUGCUAGACGGUAACAUGAAGUGGAAAAUGCUACCUCCAAUGCCAAAGCCCGAUUCACAUAUCGAGUUUGCUUGGGCAAUUGUUAAUAAUUCACUAGUCAUUGUUGGAGGUACCACUGAUAAGCAUCCUGUAACCAAAAAGAUGACUUUAGUUGGAGAAAUCUUCCAGUUUAAUUUCGACACUCUGAAAUGGUCGGUGAUUGGAAAGCUCCCUUACCGUGUAAAAACGACACUAGUUGGGUUUUGGAACGGAAUGUUGUAUUUUACGUCGGGUCAACGAGACAGAGGGCCUGAUGAUCCUGCCCCAAAGAAAGUCCUUGGAGAGAUGUGGAGAACUAAGCUUAUCUUAUAAUCACAUUCCUUUUUUUUGUCUUUUCUUUUUGGUUUUAUUUUUUGAUAGAUUUAGUUGUUAUAUGUACUCUGUCAACACAACAAAAGAUAGACUGUAAGCAAUUCAAAAUGGCCCAUAAUUCUUUUUUUUCCUUUAA